AUGUCGGACCAUCAAACGAUCCAAGACUUUAUGCUUACUCGGGCGUCCUGUCCUACACAUAGCACUGUCUACGCUUUUAUGGAGCCCUUUGUGGGCGAUGACUGCACGUGGACAAGCCAACGGGUCAAGCGACAAGAUAACCAUGUGGUACUUACAUAUGGUACUGCCGUCGCUCAUCAAGCCUACGUCGUAGUAGACGCUAAUAUCACUGAGGAGGACCCGCCGUAUAGACGCUAUACGGAGAUGCGACUCAAUCAGAUGAUUAUCGACACCUAUCGAGCCGCAGGUGGCAACCUGGAUACGCUUCAGUACGUUGGCCUAUAUUGCAUCCUCAACGAGUCCGUUCGGUAUGCUAUCGUCAAAGAGUUUCUUAGCCAAGGUCAGGAUUUCCAGCAAGCUGCACAGGUCGAGCAUCUAGGGAGGGAGAUUGACCGGAUCGUGUAUAUCUCCCAUGGUGGUUACCUGGAUGACACGCUUCUCUAUAUGAUCAUUGAGUUCAAAACAGAGUUUGCUUCACUUGACGACCCAGGAAAUGAGACACAAGCCAUGGCAACUACGCCUGGCGACGACUUACAAGCUGGUACCGAAGAUGAAUUGGCUGAAUAUGACGAUGUAGUUGUAUUUCAGGGACGGGGCAAAGCGGAAGUUCGUACCUUGGAACGAAGCUUCAAUAACGGAGACGCCGGGUAA